AUGUUGGACCCAUUUCCCCCGCCGCCAGAAUGGCUGCGUGAAGCUGUUGGGCCCUGGGCUCUCUACCUGAACGUGCCCGCUGUGACCGAACAUGCCCACGAGAUCAUCUUGUCCUUCACCGGCUACCUCUUCAUUCACUACAUCCUCUCCCCCUGUCUCUCUCCGUUGCUUUUCCCCCGCCAUUACCCCAACCUGAGCCCGCGGACCAAGCUCAACUGGGAUGUCCAUGUCGUGUCUCUGGUGCAGAGCACCUUCAUCAACGCCAUGGCCCUAUGGGCUAUGUGGGUGGACGAAGAGCGAUCCUCCAUGAACGCCGCCGAGCGGGUCUACGGCUACACAGGAGUCUGUGGAUUGGUCUCCGCCUGCGCUGCUGGGUACUUUGUCUAUGAUUUGAUCGUCAGUGCCGUCUACAUCAAGAUGUUUGGUAUCGGCAUGCUGUUUCACGCCAUUAGUGCCCUGUGGGUGUUCAGCUUCGGAUUCAGACCCUUCGUAAACUACUACUCUUCGGUCUUCAUCCUCUACGAACUCUCCAGCCCUUUCCUCAACAUCCACUGGUUCCUGGACAAGGUCAACAUGACCGGUAGCAAGCUCCAGUGGUACAACGGCAUGCUGCUCCUCUUCACCUUCUUCAGCUGUCGCCUUGUCUGGGGUACCUGGCGAUCCGUGGACGUCUACAAGGACAUGUGGUACGCCCUGAAACAAACCUGGGAUGCUACCGACGUGGCCACCGCGCUCAACCAGUCCUAUGCCAGAUACACCGCCACCGGUACCCCAACCUGGUUGGUUGUGACCUACGUGAUCUCGAACGUGGUCCUCAACUCUCUCAACUACUUCUGGUUCUCCAAGAUGGUCGAGACCGUCCUCAAGCGAUUCCGCGGACCCGCCGCUGGCGAGAAGGAGAAGGGUUCCAAGGGAGCAGUGACGGACUCCACCAAGGCCGAGAAGCUCAAGCACCUGAAGGAGGACAUUGCUCAGAAGGUUGUCUUGGAAGCUGCUUCGAAGCUGGAGCAGGAGGAAGGCAGCCCUUUCUUGGAGGAUGUGUCCGAGGAGAAGCUUGCUUCCGCCGUGGAUAUGGGUCUCGCAGAGGAAUUGAGAAAGAGGAAGGCUCAUGUGGCCGCCGCAUAG